UGCUUGCUAUGAACCAGAGACGAUGUCGCAAGAGAGCAGUGUCAACGUUUUGGUGUUUUUCGUCAACGGAAAAAAGUUUGUGUUUUUUUAGAUAAUCGACAACCAGGUCGACCCUGAGUGGACGCUUCUUUAUUAUCUGCGAAAUAAGCUCAGACUAUGUGGUACCAAGCUCGGCUGUGGCGAAGGAGGAUGCGGUGCUUGCACCGUAAUGGUCUCAAAAUACGACAGAAUCAACAAAAAAGUGAUUCAUCUACCGGUCAAUGCUUGUCUGGCACCUGUAUGUUCAAUACACGGUCAAGCCGUCACAACUGUUGAAGGAAUUGGUUCAACCAGAACUAGACUCCAUCCAGUCCAGGAACGUAUAGCCAAAGCUCAUGGUUCACAAUGCGGAUUUUGCACCCCUGGAAUCGUCAUGUCAAUGUAUACACUCUUAAGAAACUCACCAAAACCUACAAUGAACGAUAUGGAAAUUGCUUUUCAAGGAAACCUUUGUCGUUGUACCGGCUAUAGACCCAUCAUAGAAGGGUACAAAACCUUUACCGAAGAAUGGGAACUGAUGCAAGCAAACAGCAAACUCAAUGAACGCAAUGGUUGUGGCAGAAAGAACGGUUGUUGCAAAGAAAACGGUUCGGGGAGGGAAAAUGGCUGCUGCAAGAAAAAUGAUAAUGGGAAUCAAAAUGAUUAUGAAAAUGAAAAUGAUUAUGAUAAUGAAAACGAUUCUGGCAACGAAAAUGAUUCUGACAAGGAAAAUGGUUGUGGUAAAGAAAAUGGUCGUGGUAAUAAAAAUGGGGGCAAGGAAAAUGGAUCAGGAGAAAUAAAUGGAGGCGAAACAAAUGGGGGCGGUACAAUAAACGGUUUCGGCAAGAAAUCUGGCCAAACAAAUGGUUGUGCCAUGGGUUCUAAGUGUUGCAAAUUUCAAAAUGGUACUGAAAAACAACCUGAAGAAGUCCUGUUCAAAACGAGUGAAUUCACACCUUAUGAUUCGACUCAAGAACCGAUUUUUCCCCCAGAAUUGAAAAUUUCAGACGAAUACGACAAGCAAUAUCUUAUCAUUAAAGGCAAAUCCGUGACUUGGUACCGUCCAACAAAAUUAACCGAACUUCUAGAGCUGCGAAAACAAUUUCCAAAUGCCAAAAUUGUUGUCGGAAAUACCGAAGUCGGAGUUGAAGUCAAGUUCAAACAUAUGGUUUACCCUGUGAUUGUCCAACCAGUCGUAAUACCCGAAUUGUCAAAAAUUGAAAAUACAAGUGACGGAGUGCGAGUUGGUGCUUCUGUCACACUUAUGGAUGUCCAAAGUUAUCUUCUGAAUGAAAUGAAACGACUUCCGGAGGAGAAGACUAGAAUUUUUAAAACAAUAACAAAGAUGUUGAACUGGUUUGCUGGUAAACAAAUCCGAAGCGUGGGUGCUCUUGGUAGCAACAUAAUGACUGGAAGUCCAAUUUCCGACAUGCUUCCUAUUCUUAUGGCCAACGAAGUUGUUUUGGAGUUACAAAGUGCGGAUGAAGGCAUUCGCAAAGUCCGUCUCGAUUCAAACUUCUUCACCGGUUAUAGAAAAACGAUUGUGAAACCUGAAGAAAUCCUUCUAGCGAUUCACAUCCCUUACACUCAUCGAGACCGUUAUUGUUACGCUUACAAACAAGCAAGACGUCGUGAAGAUGAUAUCGCUAUAGUAAAUGCGGCGGUGAAUGUAACCUUUGAACCACAAACCGAUAUAAUUUCUGAUAUCAAUAUUGCCUUUGGCGGAGUGUCUUUCAAGACGGUUACAGCUUUGAAAACUCGAACAAAUCUAAAAGGACUUCCAUGGAAUCGGCAAACUCUAGAACUAGCUUUUGAUUAUCUCCAAGAAGACUUGCCUUUAGAUCCUGGAGCUCCAGGUGGAAUGAUCCAAUACAGGAGAUCCUUGACUCUGAGCCUCUUCUUCAAAGCCUUUUUGGCCAUUUCCCUCGAGUUGCAAGAGUAUGUCCCUCAUAUCAAAAUUGAUAAACGGGAAUUUAGCGGAAUUGAAGGGUUCCAUGAGAAGGAGUACAAAAGUUCGCAGUAUUUCACUGUUGUGCCCAACACACAGCUAAAAACCGACGCUCUUCAACGACCAAUCGUCCACAUGUCUGCUUACAAACAAGCGACAGGUGAAGCAGUCUAUCUUGAUGACAUUCCCUAUUUUGAAAACGAACUUUAUUUGGCUUUCGUGACCAGUACUAAAGCCCACGCCAAAAUCCUCUCGAUUGACCCUUCGGAAGCUCUAGCAAUGGAAGGGGUCCACUAUUUCGUUUCCGCUAAAGACAUUGAUAAAAAACACAAUACUAUGGGUUCUAUAGUCCACGAUGAGAGAGUUUUCUUUAACGAAAAAGUUACAAGUCAAGGCCAAAUCAUUGGAGGUAUCGUCGCUAUUGAUCAAAAUACAGCUCAAAAAGCUGCGAGAAGAGUUAAAAUACAGUAUGAGGAAAUUGAACCGGUUAUAGUCACAAUUCCAGAUGCUAUUAAAUACAAUUCGUUCCAUGGAAAUGGCCGACAUAAACUUAUAGUUAAGGGCGAUAUCGAUAAGGUUUUGAGGGAAGCUCCUCACGUUCUGGAGAGUGAAUGUCAGAUGGGAGGACAGGAACAUUUUUAUCUUGAGACUCAGUGUGUGCUUGCUGUGCCGAAAAAAGAAGACUGUGAAAUGGAGAUUUAUUCUUCGACGCAAAAUCCGACUGAAGUUGCAGCCAUGCUGGCUGAAGUUUUGGGUAUUCAACAAAACAAAAUCGCCGCCAAAGUAAAGCGACUUGGAGGCGGUUUCGGAGGCAAAGAAUCCAAAGCCAUGAUGGUGGCGAUCCCCGUCGCUGUAGCUGCUGUUAAAUUAAACCGACCAAUUAGGUGUAUGCUAGACCGUGACGAGGAUAUCGUCAUGACAGGGGGUCGACACCCCUUCUUAAUAAAGUACAAAGUAGCGUUUGAUGAUAACGGCAAAAUUCUAGGGGCCGAUAUCAAACUCUACAACAAUUGUGGCUACUCAACCGACUUAUCACCUUCAGUAUUAGAACGUGCAAUGACACACUUUGAAAACUCGUACCAAAUCCCGGUAGUCCGGGUUGAGGGUUUCAUGUGCAAGACUAACCUACCUUCAAACACAGCGUUUCGGGGCUUUGGAGGCCCUCAAGGCAUGUAUGCUGCUGAGUGUAUCCUCCAAGACGUCGCCGACUACCUCAAAAAAGACCCUGUGACACUUAGUGAACUCAAUUUGUACAAAGAAGGUGAUCUUACACACUAUAAUCAAAAACUGGUCAACUGCACUCUUGACAAAUGUUGGCAAGAGUGCAUCCAAUCGUCAAACUACUACGAAAAACGUAAGGAAGUCGAGCGGUUCAAUCGAGAAAAUCGGUACAAAAAGCGAGGAUUGAGUGUCAUACCUACCAAGUAUGGAAUAGCCUUCACAGCACCACAUCUCAACCAAGCGGGUGCUUUACUCAUAGUAUACGCCGACGGGUCGGUCCUGCUCUCCCAUGGAGGUAUCGAAAUGGGCCAAGGCUUGUACACAAAAAUGAUCCAAGUUGCGAGUCGAUGUCUGGAAAUCCCCGUCGAAAAAAUCCACACUGUUGAGACUUCCACUGACAAAGUCCCAAAUACCUCACCCACAGCUGCCAGUUCCGGUUCAGACUUGAACGGAAUGGCAGUCAUGGAAGCUUGUAAAGUGAUCAAGGAGAGAUUAAGACCGUUCAAAGAAGCUAAUCCUAAGGGAACAUGGGAGCAGUGGGUCCGGAAGGCUUACUUCUCCCGAGUUAGUUUAAGUGCAACCGGAUUUUACAAAACUCCGGAUAUUGGGUAUAACUGGGAAACGGGGAAAGGCAACAUGUUUAAUUAUUACACAUAUGGGGUUGCGUGUUGCGAAGUCGAAAUUGAUACUUUGACCGGAGAUCAUGAAGUGCGGAGAAUUGAUAUUGUCAUGGAUUUGGGUGAGAGUCUCAACCCUGCCAUUGAUAUCGGCCAAAUUGAGGGUGCGUUCAUGCAAGGCUAUGGCCUUUUUGUCCUUGAAGAACUAGUCUAUUCGCCCACCGGAACUAACUUCACCCGUGGGCCUGGUACUUACAAACUGCCCGGAUUUGGGGACAUUCCGGGUGAAUUUAACGUUUCUUUAUUGAAAGGAGUUUCAAACCCCAGAGCUGUGUACUCAUCAAAGGCCGUUGGUGAACCUCCUCUGUUUUUGGGGAGUUCAGUUUUAUAUGCUAUUAAAGAUGCCAUAAAGGCCGCAAGAAGAGAAAAUGGUUAUGAACCAACCAAAUUCAGAUUAGAUUCUCCUGCGACUGCUGCAAGAAUACGUAUGGCAUGCCAGGAUAACAUUACUUCGAAGUUUAAGGAUCCCGAACCCGGAAGUUUUAAACCGUGGAAUGUCUACGUUUAAGUGAUAUUUAUCUAGAGUUAAUCUUCUUAUUUUUAUGGUUUUUACUGUGAAUAAAAAGUUUUGUACGUA